ACACAAUCCAGAGGAGGCCUAGGGGUACCAAAAAUUACCGCCUAUUAUGAGGCGGCUAUUCUCGAAUCCGCCAUAAAGCUCCAUGCCCCUAAACACACGUUCCAAUGGGUGGACAUGGAAAUUGACAAAGCAUACCCUCAUCCUAUAUUACACAUAAUGUGGUCACCAAAAAUACAUCGACCGCAAAAAAUAACAUUAUACCCUACCUCUACAGUGACACUCAAAUACUGGGAUAAACUAAUGGCUACGGUGUCAGAGAAAGGGAAGUACUGCACAUACACUCCAAUAGAGGCACACAAGAUGGCGCCAACGUAA